AUGCCUCCCCGGAAAUCUGAAAGCCCUGCAAAGACGAAGUCUCAGAAACUUCGUCAACUUCCAAAGAAGCUUCGCGAUAUAAACUCAAACCCAGACCUCUGCAGUUUUAUCAACGGCGUUCGACUUCAACCGACUGGCCGACGGCGACGAACGAGUUCAAGUCUCGCCACUUCCACUAGCCCGACUCCCCAUCCGACGCAGUACCAGUAUCAGUCGGAAGCCGCGAACGUAUUGCCUCCCGAGUUCAACUACCGUUGCGCGAGGUCGUCCUCCGACUAUGUACCGAAUUCUGGAUACUUCCCGGAAGGGCAGGCUAAUGGUCUUUACGGAAUCGACAUACAGAGCAGCACGUAUCACACUCCACAAGACAUUCAGCGACCCUUUCCUAUGCAAGCCAGCCAGCCUAAGGCACAGUAUUCCAUUGACGAGGCUCCUUCAAUGCCCCACCCUUCUUCAAAUUCGGUACCGGCUCAGGCCAUACAUAAUCCGUCCUUCAUGCCAUUCAACGCACCAAACCCUGAACACGGGUUUCAAGACCAUGCUCGCCAUGAUUACUGCCUCUAUUCAAGCACUUCCCUCACCUCGAGCUCAUUGACAGAGACCAAUUAUUCUGCAGAAGAAACCACGGCGCCUUGUCAGCAGAGUUUCGAACAGCCGUCUCUCGAAGAUGUUCCAUUCUUCGGCGCGUCGAGCGCUGGGUUAAUCCUCGGCCCUCAGAUGCAUCCCACCUUACGCCCGCCCUAUUCUUAUCAGGAUGGAGACCAGUGGGGUCCCAGAUUUGACUACGAUGCCGGAUACGAGAAUCAAGUCUCAAACACAGUCGAAAGUAACAGCACCUACUAUUAUCCCUACCCGCCGUUUUCUGACAAAUUUGUUGGUGGACAAGCUGAAUCACACGGAGAAGAAAUGGUCGAUGAGUCUGCCUCUUUGAACCCAAGCCCCUUCUAUUAUUCACAGUAG